AUGACAGCUUCGAGAAAUAAAUUGUAUUUUAUUUUUUACCUAGCCGAGUUUUUAACAAUAAAAUUUAAAUUAGGCAUUUAAUUAAUGUGCAGGUUAUUUACAAUUUUAAAUAAGAAUUCAUUGUGUUCAAAGAAGUUAAAAAUUGAGAACUUUAUAAAAAAAAAUUGUCAAAAAUAAAACACUAAUUUACAAAAGAAAGGAAAAGGAAGGUGGCUUGUUUGGUCUUGUGAGAUUAUUGUGUCGUGAAGAGGACAUUGCAAAACGCAAAUAUAAUUUUUUCAAAAUUGUUGAAAGAAAACAAAAACUUUUUAAAAUCUUAAUAAUAUUAGCAUAUAAUAUAAAUUAAUAGAUAUUAGAGUGCAUUUUUUACUUAUGUUUAUUUCUUAUUUGGCGCAAUUUUAAUUCCAGUGAAUUGUCAAAUAAAAAUUACCAAUGGAGGAUCAAAAUUAAAUGGAAAUAACUUUUAUAUUUUCAAGAAUCCAAAUUUUUUUUUCGUAAAAUUGCUUAUACCGGCCUUUAAUUUUGUAUUGUAGUUUAUUAAUAAAAUAUUUAAUUGAAUUACCAUUUAAUUUUAGUAAAAUACCAUUUUGAAAAGAUACUUGUAAAAUUUUUUCACAGCAAACUUUUUUAAUAGUUGAUCUCUUGUAUAUUUUAACUAUAAAAUUUUAAGACUUGAUAUUAAUUUAUUUUUGUCCGCGUUCCGACAUCUCAAUAAUUUGAUUUAUAAGUUGAUUUUUCGUUCAACUUUGCUUUUUAAUAUUUAAAACUUAACUUGUAAUUGUAAAAGUAUUUAAUUGAGUUUGUAAAACAGAAUUGCGCUAAACUUUUUUGUUAAAUUCCGUCGGUUUGAAUUCUUGCAACUUAAUAUCUAUUUAUUAAAUAAAAAAUUUUGUGAACUCAAAGUGACGAAAAUGUUGUUAUUAAAUUAAUCAAGUUGGAAAAAAAAAUUCUUUAAUUUUUAUUAUUUGAAUGAUAUAAGAGAAAAAUUCGGAAAAUGUAUUCUACUCCACAACGUCAUCCAUCUGCUGGGGGUCCACCACCACAGGGCCCUCUGAAAUUUACUAUAGUGGAUACAUUAGAAAGAAUUAAGGAGGAAUUUAAUUUUUUACAGGCACAGUAUCAUACAUUAAAAUUAGAGUGUGAAAAAUUAGCUAAUGAAAAAACAGAAAUGCAAAGGCAUUACGUUAUGUAUUAUGAAAUGUCAUAUGGCCUUAAUGUAGAAAUGCAUAAACAGACAGAAAUAGCGAAACGUUUGAAUGCUUUAAUAAGUCAAUUGUUACCUUUUUUGGCAGCUGAGCACCAACAACAAGUAUUACAAGCAGUUGAACGUGCUAAACAAGUUACAAUGCCUGAAUUAAAUGCUAUUAUUGGACAGCAUCAACAACAGGGAAUUCAGCAACUUAUACAACAAAUACAUGCUCAACAGAUACCCGGUGGUCCACCACAAGCUAUUCCUGGUCUUAGUGCACUUGGCGGUUCUUUAGGACCAUUCGGUAUGCCACAUGGGCCAGGUUUAUUAAAAGGACCUCAAGAUAUACAUCGUGAAGAUUUAAAACCAUCAUUAGGUGCUGCUUUAGCUGAAGAAAUUCAAAGAAAUUCUGUUUCACCAGCUGAACGAGAAAAAUAUCGAACCAGUAGAUCUCCCUUAGAUAUAGAAGGUGAUAUAAAAAGAAGAAAAGAAGAAAAAUUGGCACACGAAAUAGAUGGCAGUAAAAGUGAUCAAGAAGUGGUUGUUGAUGUUGCUAAUGAAAUGGAAUCACCAUCUCCGCGACCAAAUGGAGAUCAUGCAUCGUUAGAAUCACGAGAUCGUGAUGGAAUUGGUUUAAAUGGUGAUCGAAGUGAUAAAGCUGGUGGAAGUUCAAAACCACCUAGUGAAAGACCUCCUUCAAGAUCUGGAUCUAGUUCAUCACGCUCUACACCUAGCCUUAAGACAAAAGAUCUCGAUAAACCGGGUACUCCUGGUUCAAAAGCCCGUACUCCUACGCCAAAUGCAGUUUCAACACCUAAUACACCAAAGCCAGUAAUGCCCCAAAUGCCAGCAGCUGGUUAUCCAGGAUCACCUUAUCAAAGACCGCCGGAUCCAUAUCAAAGACCGCCACCAGAUCCAGCGUAUGGUAGACCACAAAUGCCAUAUGCUCAUGCAAAUGGUUUACCUAUGACAGCAGCGGCAGUAGCUGCUGCUGGUAUAACCGGAGGAAAACCAGCAUAUUCAUUUCAUAUGAAUGGAGAAGGUACACUUCAACCAGUUCCAUUCCCUCCAGAUGCAUUAGUUGGUGUUGGUAUACCGCGUCAUGCAAGACAAAUUAAUACUCUGUCACAUGGUGAAGUUGUUUGUGCUGUUACAAUUUCAAAUCCAACUAAGUAUGUGUAUACUGGUGGAAAGGGAUGUGUUAAAGUUUGGGAUAUAUCACAACCUGGAAAUAAAAAUCCAGUUAGCCAAUUAGAUUGUCUACAACGAGAUAAUUAUAUACGUUCUGUCAAACUUUUACCUGAUGGUCGAACGUUGAUUGUUGGUGGUGAAGCAUCUAAUUUAUCUAUAUGGGAUUUAGCUAGCCCAACACCAAGAAUUAAGGCUGAAUUAACAUCAUCAGCUCCAGCUUGCUAUGCUCUAGCAAUAAGUCCAGAUUCAAAAGUAUGCUUUUCAUGUUGUAGUGAUGGCAAUAUAGCUGUUUGGGAUUUACACAAUCAAACGUUGGUAAGGCAAUUUCAAGGGCAUACAGAUGGUGCAUCCUGUAUUGAUAUUAGUCCAGAUGGUUGCCGUUUAUGGACUGGUGGUUUAGAUAAUACGGUUAGAUCAUGGGAUUUAAGAGAAGGUCGCCAAUUACAACAGCAUGAUUUUAGUUCACAAAUAUUUUCUUUAGGAUAUUGUCCAACAGGUGAUUGGUUAGCAGUUGGAAUGGAAAAUUCCCAUGUAGAGGUGUUACACGCAACAAAAUCUGAUAAAUAUCAAUUACAUUUGCAUGAAAGUUGCGUUUUAUCAUUGAGAUUUGCAACUUGUGGAAAAUGGUUUGUAUCUACAGGCAAAGAUAACUUAUUAAAUGCAUGGAGAACGCCUUAUGGUGCAAGUAUAUUUCAGUCAAAAGAAACAUCAUCGGUACUCAGUUGUGAUAUAUCAACUGAUGAUAAAUAUAUUGUGACUGGAUCAGGUGAUAAAAAAGCUACCGUUUACGAAGUUAUAUAUUAAGGAGCAUUUACCAAAAUUCUUAUAUAAAAAAAAUAUGAUAUAAUAUAUAUAUAUAUAUAUAUAUAUAUAUAUAUAUAUAUCUUAUAUAAAUGAAAAUAAAUAGAUAAAUGUAAAUGUAAAAAGUGAAAAAAGGAUAAGGAAAUUUACAAUGAAUUGAAUAUAUAUAUAUAUAAAUAAAUAUAAAAUACAAAAUGGUGUGCCCAAACAAAAAUAAAUUAUAAGAAGAACACUUUCACUUACCUUAAUGUAAAAACUAGUAAAUUACAAAUUCUUUUUCUUUAUUUUUGGUUUUUUCUGUUUUGCUUUUUGAAACAUGAACAAAUUUAAUGUAUCCUCUUCACUCUAGACAAAAAUGUAAAUCUUGUGAUUUAAAUUUGAAAUUUUAAAAUACAAAAUCAUUCAGUAAAAGCCACUAUAUUUU